AAACAAUCGAUGCAAUGGAAGCCUUGCGUGGCAAAUGGGCCAAGAAAGUUGACUAUGUGCUGAUUGAUCCUCCUGAAAAUUCAGGUCAGUCGCAAGACUACCACUACUCGUUUCUCCAUGGCAAGAAGACUGUAGCGGCUGUUUCCCCGGAUCCUGAGAAUCUAAAGAAACUAGAAAAAGAUGACGAAGCGAAUGUCAGGAUUUAUAUCGGGCCUUGUGCAUACGACGAAGGGUCGGAGAUGUGGAAGGCUUGUUAUUCAAGCAGAGUUUCUUUGGAUGACUUCAACCGGCGCUUUUCUGAAAUCGGUGGCGUUCCUCGAUUCUUGUUCCAAAGGAAGAGUCCGCUAACACAGAGUGUGGAUUCUGUCUUACAGUCCGUCUCCGAACGCCAAACUGCGGCUUUAAACGAUCUUGCGAACAACCCCGCUCGUAUUGAUUCUGGAAAUGUUGCAUCAGAGUUCAAUAGUCUUUGGUCUCUGUACCAUCUUGCGCCAGACGCAAAUUUGACUUCCUACACGAUUGAGCUGUGCUGUGAGAAUGCCAGGGCGCUCCUCAGGGCGCGACUGCUGAGGCUUGACGUUGCAACGCUGUGGAACCUUUUCUUCCAAACAAACGAGAGGGAAGGAACUCUCCGUGGAAUUCGUUUUGAGGCCUACGCUCACAAGAAGAUUUUAGUGGAUGGUAUGAACGUGCGUGCCAACAAGUUGACCGCUAAUAAGGUUUCCAACACUACUCGCAUUAUUGCCAUCCCUGCUGGCUUAACAAGGGUGACCCUGCCGAACAACGAUGUGACUCAGUUGGUAGCUCAGCGAGCCGAAGCUGUGGGUAAAGGUGGAGGAUACUUGCUGCCUAGUCUACCAAACUACCCAGUGAUUGAUGCAGCUUAUAUUGGCGGGAGCGACAACAGCAUGAUGCUACAGAUGAAAGCGGGAAAGAGCAAGAAACUUUCUGCUGACAAGAUGUUGCUGGUGCACCAAGCGCUUGGCGACUUGUUUGUGAUUGUCACACCAGAAGAGAACAUCGCGACGAAGAAACUGGCAGGGGGUCCCAAUGCGAUGAAUCAGUAUGUUGCCAUUUUAAGUGAAGAAUAG